AUUCUAACAUUUUUAAGCAUCUGCAAAACAACAGCCAAUUACUCUUCAGUCUCAGCCGAUCUUAAACCAUGGGCCGCGUUCGCACAAAGACGGUGAAGAAAUCGUCCCGUCAGGUAAUCGAGCGGUACUAUUCUCGAAUGACCCUCGAUUUUCACACCAACAAAAAGAUUAUCGAAGAAGUAGCUAUAAUCCCAUCCAAGAGGCUCCGUAACAAGAUUGCCGGUUUCUCGACCCAUCUUAUGAAACGUAUCCAGAAAGGACCAGUUCGCGGGAUUUCUCUUAAGCUUCAAGAAGAAGAGCGCGAGCGUCGCAUGGAUUUUGUCCCCGAUGAAUCGGCCAUCAAGGUCGACCAAAUCGAAGUUGAUAAGGAAACACUUGAUAUGCUUUCGGUUCUUGGAAUGGGUGAUAUUCCCGGCCUUGUUAAGGUUGAUCCGGUUGCUGUUUCGGUUCCUCAAGUUGGGUUCGGUCGCGGUGGUGGACCCGGGAGGAGGUUUUGAGUGGUGGGUCUUCAUGGAUUUCAUGGGUUUUUUUUAAGCUUCUAUGUUUUUUUCUCUGUUUUGGGGUAGUUUCUAAUUUUGUGUUUUUUUUGGAACAGUACUAGUUAAGUGGAACUGAAAUUUUAUCAAGUGUGAUGUGUACUUUAUUUUUGAAGAAAUCUGAAAUGGGUAAUUUUAGUUUCUGGUA